UUUACCUCCUCCCGGAGCAGUGCCACAUAUAUCUGUGCUAAGGGAAACUUCACCCAAAGCCACUUUCUUAACACAGUUCCGUCCAACGUCACAUUACAGCAGACAUGGACCACAUGAUCAACUGGAAGGCGUUGGACAAUGUCCCUCUGCUCUUCUACAUCCUGGCAUUGAAGACCCUGGUCUUGUGCCUGGGUUUCGCUGGAGUGAAGAUCUAUCAGGCCAAGAAGGAAGAGGCCAAGCUGAAGAUACAGAGGGCAGAGCAGAGGAGGAUAGCGGAGCAGGUGCAGGAGCUCCUGGAUAACGAGCUCCUGGACAACAAGAAGGAUGACUGACCCGGAGGAACAAGGGAGAGUGUGAGGAGAUGAAAGGAACUACAGUAUGUCACCUGACCAGACUGGGGACCUACAUGCUCCAGGGAUGGGGCGGAGCUCUGAUAGGCUGGUCUGGGAGGAAGUGUUGAGAAUGUCUAGUUCCUGUUGGACAGUACUCACCCAGAACAGGCCUGGGGUCCUGGACAUUGCUGCAGGUGUCAUUCUUUUUUUUACACAAACUUUUAACUUCAGAGCCACCAGAUGUUUUGUAAAUAAAGACUGUUUUUGUACCUCUGUUGAA